ACCUCGCCAUGGCGGAGCACAACAUCCUCUUUGACUCCUCCCUCUCUUGGCCUCUUUCGUCUGGUCCUUCGGUGCUUGCUGCGGCUGCUUCUCACUUCUCUUCUUCCUUGUUCGGGUAGUGCUUUUCGUAUACCUAGAGAGAGAUGGCGAGUAGUGGUGGAACCGAGAAGCUUGAGAGGAAGACGGUGGAGAAGAACAGAAGAAUCCACAUGAAGAACCUCUGCUCCAAGCUCAGUUCCCUCAUCCCCGUGUCCAAGAAUACAGUGACACAGAAAGAUCAGCUGGACCAAGCUUUCGACUACAUCAAGGACCUGAAAGAGAGAGUGGACAGGCUGAGGGAGCUCAAGGAAAUGAGAAGUCGUGUGAUGAUAGGCUUCCGACCGGCCCAGGUUGAAGUAAGAAACUUGGAUCCUAACUUGGAGGUGAUUCUUGUUUGUGGGUCGAGGACAAGAUUCAUGUUUCACGAGGUCAUCAGCGUCCUCGAGGAAGAAGGUGUGGAGGUCAUCAAUGCCAGUUUCAGCACUGUGGGUGACAGGAUCUUCCACUCCAUUCAUUGUCAGGCCAUUAGUACAAGAAUUGGUUUAGAUCCAUCGAGGAUAGACCAGAGAUUGAAACAAUUAGUUCGUUGAUGAUGCUGCAUUCAGGCUUAUCCCAUAAGAAAUUUGUUCCAUGAAAUAACUUGAUUGUGUUUCAGUGAAAUCUUUACAAAGCGUAGCAAAAGAUCGAGAGAUCAGCUGUUGA